CAGCCCGCACUGUAGGCUGUCACGGCGUUUCCCACCUUGGCAGAGUCCUCUGAGCGGAUACCGAGCGCUGUAACAGCCCUGGCAGACAGUAACAAUGUAUAAACACGUGUUCCUCACCGGCCCUCCGGGGGUCGGGAAAACCACUGCGGUGAAGAGAGUGUUGGGCAUGUUACAAUCAUCCGGGGUUCCCACCCAGGGAUUCUACACCGAGGAAGUGAGAGCAGGAGGAGGAGGCGGCAGGAGGAUAGGGUUCGACAUAGUGACCCUGUCCGGGAAGCGUGGCACCCUGUCCAGGGCCGGCCCUCACACUGACAGGCGGGAGCACAGAGUCGGGCAGUAUGUGGUAGACCUGGUGUCCUUCCAGCAGCUGGCCAUCCCAGCUCUGACCAUGGUGGACGAAGACACAGUCUGUGUGAUUGAUGAAAUCGGUAAAAUGGAACUCUGCAGUGACCCCUUCAUACAGGCUGUCCGCACAGUGCUGGAUGGUGGCAAAGCUGUCAUAUUUGGGACCAUUCCAGUCCCUAAAGGAAAGCCUUUACCACUAAUUGAGGAGAUCAGAAGAAGGCCUGAUGUCAAAGUGUUUAAUAUCACAAAGGAGAAUAGAGAUGGGAUACUUCAAGAACUCAUGGAGACCUUACAGAACUGCAGGAAAUAAUCACUUGGAAUAGAGAAACACUGCAGGAAAUAAUCUGUUGGGAUAGAGAAACACUGCAGGAAAUAAUCUGUUGGGAUAGAGAAACACUGCAGGAAAUAAUCUGUUGGGAUAGAGAAAUAAUCUAUUGGAAUACAGAAACACUGCAGGAAAUAAUCUGUUGGGAUAGAGAAAUAAUCUAUUGGAAUACAGAAACACUGCAGGAAAUAAUCUGUUGGGAUAGAGAAAUAAUCUAUUGGAAUAGAGAAACACUGCAGGAAAUAAUCUGUUGGGAUAGAGAAACACUGCAGGAAAUAAUCUGUUGGGAUAGAGAAACACUGCAGGAAAUAAUCUGUUGGGAUAGAGAAACACUGCAGGAAAUAAUCUGUUGGGAUAGAGAAACUCUGCAGGAAAUAAUCUGUUGGAAUAGAGAAAAAGAUUUGAGCAAAUCUAAUGUAAUUUUUUUUUUUCCUCUUUAUUUUGUUGUUAUUUUGAUCAUAAAUAGUACCAAGUGACGUUGUAUGUUGUUAAAGGUACUUGACAUAUAGUCUGCUAUGUACAACUCCUAUAUUGUUAUGUUGUGUUUAA